AUGGCUACUGAACAACCAAAAAUCGAAGAAGUCCAAGAAGAAAUCCCACAAGGUGCUCAAGUCUCAGUUUUCUCAAGAAAUGAAAAAAAAGCUAGAGCUUUAAUUGCUAAAUUAAACUUGAGAAAAGUUGAAGGUAUUUCAAGAGUUACUUUCAGAAGAAGAGGUAACCAAAUCUUUGCCAUUGAUAACCCAGAUGUUUUCAAAUCAGCUGCUGGUACUUUUAUCGUUUUCGGUGAAGCUAAAUUGGAAGAUUUAACUCAAAGAUUACAACAAGCUCAAGCUGGUGCUGAUCCAUCAGCUGCUGGUCAUGAAGGUCAUGAUCACGGUGCUGCUCCAACUGACCCAGCUUCAAUCACUGCUGAUUUACAAGCUGCUUCUUUAAAUGAUAAAAAAGAAGAUGCUGAAGAAGAUGAAGGUGAAGUUGAUGAAUCCGGUUUAAAAGCUGGUGAUAUCGAAUUAGUUGUUGAACAAGCUGGUGUUUCAAGAGCUAAAGCUGUUAAAGCUUUAAGAAAACACGAUUCUGAUAUCGUUAAUGCCAUCAUGGAAUUGUCAUCAUAG